CUUGUACUGAAUUUUUUGAUACAACACCCUACUCUUUAAUUGACAAUGCCUGUUAAAGAAUUCAACACACCUUAUCCUGUUAUCGACACUGAUCCUCACUUUGCCCGUGUUGUUCGCUAUUUCAGACCUACAGAUUACGCUGCUUGGGCUGCAGGUACUGCUGCUGCUCCUGCUUUGUUGUUAGGAAUGGAAAGAAUGGACCCUGUUGGUUCUGCUCGUAACUUGCGUAUUCCUCUUCGUCUUGCCACUCUUGUUGGUGCUGUUGGUGGUUUCUUGUACGCUUACCAAAACAGCAGUCUUCGUUUCUGGGGUUGGAGUGAAAAUGCUGCUGAAGUCACCAAAGAUCAAGCUGAAAUGAGCCAAUUGGCUAAGGAAGGAAAGGCUUUGUACGGUGAAAGUUACAUGCCUGAAUAUGUUCAAGAUGCUUCUUCCAGAAACUCUAGAUUUGCACAAUUGAAGUUUGCUGCUUAUCCAUACUUUAACUUUGCCAAUCACAACAACCAUGGUGUCGAUACCUCCAAGUACUCAUCUUGAUCAACAACAAUACAUUAUCAAGAAAGAGAAACAAGUGUUGUUUGAAAUAAAUGUGUAAUUUUUAAAUGACAAAAAAAAAAU